CCUACUUCCGGUGGUUGAGGUGUACCGUUUGUCAGUGUUGUGGUUUCUGUUUUUAUCGCGGGUUUACGGUCGACUGAUUAACCGCACAAACACUAGCAUGUCAAUAAAUGCAGUGGGUCUUCGUCCAAAAUAUCAUUAAAAAAACAAAAUGUCGUCAAAAUUUGUGUUCAGAUGUUUUCUGCUGGUGUUCUUGUUCGGCUUCCUGGGCAUGCUAAUUCUUGGAUACAAGAUUUUUUCAAGCAGUGAUGACCACCCAGUGUACUACGACAACUUCCUCAUGGAAGUGAAUGAAGAUCGUCGUCCAUUGGAUGAGGAACUGGAGGAAGAGAACAUUGUCCCCAGCAUAAACAAACCGAUCAUCUUGUGGUGGACGCCAUUCACGGGGGAGAAAGGAAUCUACAAGAAAUGUGGGAAUGUGAAAUGUUUCUUCACUGUUCGGCGGGCGUACAGGAACCACCCGAUGACAUCAGUGUUUGUUUUUUAUGGAACAGACUUCAAGGUCACCGACCUCCCUCUACCUCGUAGCCACAAACACGAGUGGGCACUGCUUCAUGAAGAAUCUCCCAAAAACAACUAUCUUUUCUCUCAUCCAGAGAUUAUGACUUUAUUUAACUAUACCAGUACAUUUAAAAGGGAGUCAAGCUAUCCAAUCACUACACAGUAUUUAGUUGGUACUGAUUGGCUGGAAAGCACACAAUAUUUAAUUUCGACGGGACAAAAAAACAAGCACCAGAAGGAAUUGGCUCCACUUAUGUACGCCCACAGCGACUGUGACGUCCCGUCUGACAGAGACCACUACGUGAAGAUGCUGCAGAAAUAUAUCAAGGUCGACUCAUAUGGCACCUGUCUUCAUAACAAGGAUCUCCCAGAACACCUAAAAGACCCAAUCCAAGGCAUGGAUCAUAAAGACUUUUACAAACUUGCUGCAAAAUACAAGUUCUCUCUGGCAAUGGAGAACGGCAUCUGUGACGACUAUAUCACUGAGAAAGUAUGGCGGCCCCUCAUGGUGGGAUCAUUGCCUGUUGUGAUGGGCUCUCCGAAAAUAAAGCAACUGCUACCAUCCAACCAUUCCGCCAUUAUUGUUGAUGAUUUCUCCAGUGUGAAAGAGCUUGCAGACUACUUGAAAUACCUCAAUAAAAAUGAUGCAGAAUAUGAAAAAUAUUUCAAAUGGAAAGAAACUGGUAUCACCAACACUUACCUGAAGAAAUUAGUGGAAAAAAGAGAAUGGGGAGUGGACAGCGAAGAGCACUGGUCCCCUGCCACCAUCAAUUUCAUCGAUGGAUUUGAAUGCCAUAUUUGCAAUGCUGUACAUAAAAAUCUAAAUCAACAGCAGAAAGGGCAGCCGCCAUUUAAGCAUAGAGUGACGAAUGAUCAUUAUGGAUGCCCCGCGCCAUUAAAGUUUGAUGACAGUGGCAAGAGGACUCACGAUGAAGACAUAAGCAGAAUGUGGCAGUGGGAUUGGUUUUAUGGUGGUCAGGUGGCUAAAGCUGCCCGAAGCUUUAUUGAUCAAAAUAUUACUUUUACAUCAGCAGAUCUUAAAAACAAAUUGCAAAAGGUUUUGUAAAAUGUGGAGUUUGAUUUGGGUGUGUUUUUAUAUUUUAAGACUUUUAGUCCAACUUUAUAUAGGUUAUACACACUUCAUUUUUAUUGCAAAGUGCAAUGUUUAAUUUUCAUGAUUACAGUUCAUUGUGUUGAUGUGUGGAUGUCGGAGGAAGCAUCUGAAUGAUUGAGACUUGAUAACUGAAGGAAGUCAAAGCUUUAUGGUUUUUGGUGUGGGCUUUAACAUUUCUUUAUUAUAUUUUAUGUAUUUUCAGUUGUCUGUUAUCAUGGGAUCUGAAUUACUUGAUAUUAGGUAAUGGCUGUACAAUACUUUCAUCACAUGUGGCUUUGAAUGUAUUCCAUGGCCUGGAGCUUGACUGACUGACAAGCUGUGCUAAACUUGCUAGAGCCUCAAAGCAGCUAGAGCCUCAAAGCAGCUAGAGCCUCAAAGCAAUUACCUCUAUGAUAGGAAGUCUACAAUUAUUUUGUAAAGUACUUCUGCACAUUGUUUUGUUUCUUCACAGAAUGCAUUUUGUCAAUAUUUUAUUUUAUUCCUACUUCUUUCAUGACACUCUCUCAAAACUGUUACAUGAGUUUGUGAGCCUCCAUGGCCGACACAUUCUGUGUUGUCUUCUAUUGCUUGUCAUGUUUAUGGGUUCAUCAGAGCACCAUCAAAACAAGCUCACGCCAGACUUGUGUCAUCUUACUUAACAGUAUUCCCCAUUGAUUUCCUGAAAGACACACCUGGAAAUAAAAGUUAAAAAUACAAACAUAAAGAUAAUCAAAAUAAGCACUGGUAUACAUUAUACAAAACACACCAUUCUAAAAAAUUAUUUUAUUUAUGUUUCAUAUCUGUUACAAGAAAUGAAAUUCUGGCCAAAUCUACUUGCGCCAUUUUAGUUAAGAUGUUGGUAGCUACCUUCCUGCUGACAAUGGUGACCUUGACAUAAGGAAGGAAAACAAAACAGAUCUAGCCGGUUUUUGAUCUGAAAUGAACAGGAUACAUGUUGUGUAGAUAUGAUAGUUACACGAGGAAGAAGUCCCUCUGUGAUGUCAGUAAAGUAGCAGUUCACCUCCACGGUAGUACUGCUACACUGUAUAAGUUUGUGUUCAGUAUGGUAACUAUAGAGGGCAUGUUUACCUUGUAGUACAGCUACAACUAUUGCAAAACUAUUGUAAUAUAGGUACAACUAUUGCAAAACUAUUGUAAUAUAGGAACAACUAUUGCAAAACUAUUGUACUAUAGGUACAACUAUCGCAAUACUAUUGUACUAUAGGUACAACUAUUGCAAAACUAUUGUACUAUAGGUACAACUAUCGCAAUACUAUUGUAAUAUAGGUACAACUAUUGCAAUACUAUUGUAAUAUAGGUACAACAAUUGCAAAACUAUUGUAAUAAAUGGAUACAACUCUCACAAUACAGUUGUAAUAUAGGUACAACUAUUGCAAUUCUAUUGUAAUAUAGGUACAACUAUUGCAAUUCUAUUGUAAUAUAGAUACAACUAUUGCAAUUCUAUUGCAAAUGUAGGUACAACUAUUCAAUUAGGGUUGUACCCAUGAUUAUUGUCUGAAAAUUAAUUUUUGAACAUAUUUUGAAUGGAUACCUUCAAGCAAGGUAUAUUUGAAUCAAAACAAAUGGAAAGAUUAAUGGUUAUCAGUACUCGUCUAUUUCCUCAUGUCUGUACUAAAAAUUUUGUGUUGUGCAUCACAAUGAUGAUAGUGUCCAUUAACUAUUGCAAGUUUGACUUAUUGGGGAUGUAUUUACCAUCGGGACAACUUUGAUGCAUCGCUAGUUGAAUGGUGUGCAGGCUGUUUACAUGUGUCAUCCCUGGUCCAUGGAAGGGUAGUAGUGCUUACACGGUCUUCUUUAACGCAAAAUGGUUGUGUAGUGCAUAAAUAGUUUGUGAGAUAUACAAUAAUGUUUGCAAAUAUGUAUGAUAAAUCAGGUAUUAAUGGCGUUGGUGGUUCAUUUGUCAAUAUUUGACAAAAGUAUUUUAAGUAUUGUAUAAAAAGAUAAAAACUUAUUGGCAUAGACUAGGAUACUCCCAUUAAUGUGUGUGUUUGUAAGUAUUAUCAGUAGGUUUCUAGGCAGCUUUGGGAGGAUAUAUAGAUGUACUGUUCAAGGCAUACCACUUGUAAUUCAAUACACAGUAUUUAAUAAGAAAACAACAGCACCCUCAUGUUUUCAUAUGCACUGAAUACAAUCAAGACUGUAAACUUGUUACUCGGCAAAUCUGUGAUAUGAACUUGUUGGUUGUGAACUUGUGAUCUUCAGAUUUAUUGGCAUCAAAUAUUUUAGAGAGAAUAAUCAAGUGUUUUAUUUUCCAUGCUCAUGCAUGUAUAUAGUUUCUUAUUUCUUUCAUGUACCGUAUAUCGCCGUCUAUAAAGCGACCCAACGUAUAAGACGACCCCCCUCAGGGCCCUGUACAAGCCUUUAAAAUCGAUGCUUAUUUAUAUACCUCGUAUAAGCGAAUCGGAAUGGAACACGUCACCAGCGUAUACACAAUCCCUACAUUUGCAAUAAAAACAUGUUUGUCUUCCACAGAAAGAAAUUGCAUCGUUUCCCUUAAGUGAAUUCAGGGAAACGAACAGAUCAUAACAAUUAAACUUGGUCAAUGUAAAGUUAAAAGUUAAGAUAAACAAACACUAGACAUGAUCAUUUACCAAUUAAAUUGUAUUUCCUGUUCUGAUAGGCAUUGUUUUAUAUGCAGAGAUUAUGAUUACCGUGUGCAGAUGCUUCCGCACUCACGAUAGUGAAAAUUUUAUGCUGACAAAUAAUAGUCAAACUACAACAAAAGGACUUUCAGCGAGUCAAAGUAUGGCAUUUAUGAUAUAUAUAUCCAUUCUCUAUCCACUAUAGUUCGUUCAAGGUGUCAAUAGUGGUAAUAUGACUGUGGUUGCUGUUAAUAACAGUGAGUUGUGUGAUCUUCCAAUCACUUCACAUACGAUUUUGCUGAAAUGAAAAUAAACAAUAUUGAAUGAAAUUUUGAAUAAAAUUAAUAAAAUAGAUUACAAAGGUAAGUCCAGAUAUAUAAUGAACUGUUUUUAUAACCAGACAGUGUAAUUACAUGAUUAGUUUGCGUGCUUAAAUAUGGAUUCGUUGACAUGGUAUUUCUGGUGUUACUUGCUCACAGUCAUGUCUGUGUUGGGGGGAAAAACAUCAAAACUCUUCAACCCUGUGUAUAAGACAACCCCCUUGAAAGCCCCCUAGUUUGAUGUACGAAAAACUUGCUUUAUACACAGCGAUAUACGGUAAAUUAUUAAGGCACCAAAAACAUCUUAAUUUUCCAGAAUCUAGUUGAUGUUUUGUUUGUGUCUCUUUGUGUAAUGUACACGAGACCCACGUUUUUGUCUGUUUUGAAGUUUAUUUAAAUGGGACCCUGCAUUUGUAGGUUGAAAUGUAUUAUUUCUUCAAGUCAGCUCCAAGCAGCAAGUAUCAAUUUAACCUUUUUGUUUUACUUAGGCUAGUCCUAUGUAAAUGUGUGUUUUACACAAUCCUGCCUACUAAGCAGGAAACAAAAUAUGUUAUGACCAUGUUCAGGGAUGAGAAUUUUUCACCGAUUUGCACAGAUUUUGUUACGUCAUGGAUCAUUUUUGCCAAACAUGGCAUUACAAUAUGCAUAAAUCAUAUCGUACCCCAGACCCCAGACAAACUGUCAAAGUUGUUUUUUCUUAUCCCUGGAUAUUGUUUAGAUGCAUGUGUUAUAUACCUAAAAUUAUCUUAUAACACUUAUAAACAUUACAAUAGAGGUGGCUAAAGGUGUAAAGUCAAAUCUAUUUGAAUAACUUGAUGUGUGAGUAUUGUGAAAAGACAGCUUUAUAACCCAUUAAAUGAAUGUCUAUUAUUGGACAUGCUUUAAUCAAAUGAAAUCAGGUUAACUUAAUAUAUAUUCCAUUAUUCAACACUUUCUCAGAAUGGUCUGAGGUGAUUUAGUGUUUUGAUGAGUGGCUCAAUUUAUCAUUUAGUCCCCAGUAAAUAUUAUCAUAUGUUUAUCCUUGGUGUAACUGCAAAAACACAUGCAUGAAAGCAGUUUCAUUCUCCUUUAGUUGAAUAACUGGAUAUACUAACACUCUGGUGUAACACAUUGUUGUUUAUCAUCCCAAACUGGCUCCCACAGGAGAUAUCACAAUGCUUUGCAGACCAUUGUGACAUCACUGGUUACCAUGCCGUCAGAAUCAAAUGACAUCAAAAUUGGCUCUGCUACUGAAGCUGU